AUGCUUAAAGUUCAAAAAGAAAUAUUAACUUUUCUUCUCAUAUUUUAUAUAACACAAAGUCUCAUUAUUUCUACUUUAAGAGCCAACACGUCAAAUUUCAACUAUGCCAUUAUCAAUAUUGCAUUGGGUGAGAAAGAUAGUAAAAAAGGAAAUUUUCCUAACAAGACAGAUAGAAUAGUUCAUCAUCUAAAAAAUUGUAUACAUUUUGUAAGAAAAACAAUAGCAGAAGAACGAGCAGAAAUUUUUGCACUUUCUAAUAAUGAAGAGAUUUCAAAACAAAAAUAG